CACGUUGACGCAAUCGAGUGCGUUGAUACGUGGGGGAUGAUUCUUCCUCCCUGUUGCCUUGGGAAGUAAAUAUUUUGCCUCCUCCCUUUCUGCCAAAUGUUCAACGCCCCGUUUUCUACGUGACGUCUCGUUUCGCGGCUCCGCGUGAGUCACGAGCGCAAUAAUUGUGUCCUAAUUUCGCCUGGUAUACGGCAAUUUUAUUCUCAUUGAUGUAACACAGGUGUACAAUAUUAAUAGUGUAAUGCAAUUAUAACUACGAUCGAGAUUGAAUUAUAAAAACAAAUAACAGAACAAUGACGGAAGUCAAGAAGGACGAUGUCGUCAAAAUACUUCAUACGUAUCCCUUGUGUCGCAAAUGUGACAUGAGCGACGAGAUGAAACAGGAAGCGAUGGAGUUAUGCGUAACGGCAGCAGAGAAGUACGCAGAUAAUUACGAGAGUGCUUCGAAAAUGAUUAAGGAAACGAUGGACAAAAAAUUCGGAGCAUCCUGGCACACGGUAGUGGGUGAAGGAUACGGAUUCGAGAUUACUUAUCAGCUGAAACACCUGCUGUACAUGUACUGCGCAGGAAAUUUAGCUAUCUGUAUAUGGAAAUCUGCGUAAUAAUAACAUUAAAGUCCAUAUUCAUGACGGUAUUCUAAUAUACCAUCAGCUGGACAAAAAAACUACGUUCUUAUCCUAAUACAAGCAAUUGAUGAAAAAUGUUUCUAAAUGUGCUAAUUAUAUGAGAUGAAUAUUGGCAAUAUAUUUAAAGAUGUAUAGAUGUUGUAAUUCGUGUAAAUUGUUUCACUUUAGAUUAUAAUUAUUUUCGUUUCAAUUUUCAAUAGAUAAAUGCCGAGCUUAAUUGGUUUUCAUAUAGGUACAUACUUUUUAUGCCGCAAUAUAGCGGUUUGGAAAAUUUUUACGAUCGAUAUUUUUUACUAUGAAAAUUGAUGAUAAAUCUACGAUCGAUGACUGAUUAAUAAUAGUAUAAGUACAAACGGA